UUUGUAAGAGCUUUUCACAAAGAUUUGAGAACUGGUAACAAAUUGGGGGCAUUAAGUAGUAACUUCUACUUUUUGGAAUAUGAUUCGUCUUUCGUCGUAGAUCGAAUUUGGCUUUCAGGAAAAGAUUUUAGGGUUCCGAUUCUCGUUAUAACUACACAUUUAUGCUCUUUACAUUUAUAUUAUUCGGUUUUUAAUUGAUCUUGAAUAAGUUACAAUGAAGACGUUCAUUAUUUUAAAAAAACAUUGUAAAAACGUCUAUUUAAUGGGCGCUGGUAACUACUGGUACGAAGAAGGCGUCAUAGGAGACGAUACCAGCUUGUUAUAUCGAGUAUUUCAAUUCGUUUUAUUCACUUUGUACAUUUCUAUGACGAUUUUGGAAACUAUGGCCGCGGCUUUAGGAGAUUUCCCAAAAGAUGAGAAGGGUGAUUCGGUAGCCUUCACUGUAAGCCAUAUUAUUGUCAUGAUAAAAAUAUUUUCCGUCAUGAGAAAUAAAGGGCUGAUUAAAAUAAUGAAUAAGAAUAUGGUGAAGGUUUGCGCAGAAUAUGAAGAGAAAACUUUGAUGGCAGAUAUGUCCAGGAUUAUAAAUAUCAAUGUGGUGGCUUACUUUGUCAAUGUGUAUGGGUCGAUGCUGUGCUUUAUUUUUGAAGGUUUAAGAAAAAAGUUUCAAGAUGGCUCCCAUUUCGUAACUGUGGUGACUUACUACCCGUCGUUUUGCGACAACUCCUUAGCAGCAACUAUAUUCCGUAUAUCCACCACAUUAAUCCUGAUAAUGAUGUUGAUGACGAUGAUCGUAUCAGUCGACGGCUACACGAUGAUGUACCUCAUCAUGCUCAAAUAUAAGAUCAUUACCUUGAGGCAUUAUUUGGAGAACCUACGCAAGGAAUUCGACAGAGAAAGUAAAAGAGAUUUGAGGUCCGCGUCAGAGGAGUUGUCGAAUGGACUUGUUAAAGGGAUUGUGAUGCAUAGUGAAUUGAUAAGAAUGUGCAAGGAUAUACACAAAGCAUUUGGCACGGUGAUGGCUUUACAAGUUUGUCAGAGCUCGGGUUCGGCGGUUUCACUUCUACUACAAAUGGCUCUGUCCAAGGACUUAACAUUUAUAGCGAGCAUGAAGAUUAUUUUCUUCGUUAUCGCUUUAUUCUUCCUUCUAGCUUUGUUUCUAUGCAACGCUGGGGAAAUCACUUAUCAGGCAUCUCUCCUCUCCGACGCGAUUUUCUACUGCGGCUGGCACGCGUGCGAUGCGCAGGCGCAGCGGCGCAUGGGCCGCAUCGUGGCCUUCUCAGUGGCGCAGGGACAACGCCCGCUUGUCAUGAAGGGCUUCAAGAUGCUCGAACUUACCUAUGGCACAUUUUUGUGGGUGAUGAGAAGCACUUAUUCAGUGUUCGCGUUAUUCUACGCCCAAAACAAAUAAGUCGUGGUAUUUCAAUAUCUUCAGUUAUGUGGUGGCGUCCAAGAAUCCAAUUCAGCUGCUCGCGUCUGCCACCAAAGUGAAAAUGUGGUCGAAACUGCGAGGGACAGUGGACACAGAUUUCCCGCUUUCAUUUGUUUAUUUCUUUAUUUAAUAUUUGGGAGACUAACAGCUUUAAAAAAAUAUAUACGGUCGAAUUGAGAACCUCCUCCUUUUUUUGAAGUCGGUAAAAACUAUAGAAAAAAAACAUAUUUAACAAAAUAAAAAUUGUGUUUAAGGCUGGACGUGUAAUUGUAAAAAGUAUAGAC